CGGGUAAGGACCCAAGCGAUAUCGUACGCAACAGAUAAUAGGCCAAAGUUAUGCACUGCAACUACUGUACAACGCAUUGCCGAUGUGUCCGUCGCGCUGCCCUGUGCGCUGUCAGCAGCUUCCGCGACGCAGGAGGCACGCUGUCUUCCCACAGCCUGCGUACAUAUAUGGCCCAUUAGCAAUACAUCUAAAUCUCUCUGUAUUUUUUGCCAUAUCCUGAAGCCCAAACCGUUCAGUCGAAAUAACUUUCACCAACAUUGCUUUACCCAUCGACACAUCUCCCCCUCCGGCCUCUCCUCUCACACCUUACAGCUCACCGUUUCCUUACCAAAUACCUUCAUUCUACCCUUUAUCAUGCGCUUCCUCAUAGACUGGUUUUACAGCGUGCUGAGUUUCCUAGGUCUUCGCAACAAGAGCGCAAAGAUUCUGUUCCUAGGCUUGGAGAACGCCGGCAAGACCACGCUGAUGCACAUGCUUCGAGACGACCGCGUCUCCCAGCACCCGCCCACACAGCACCCCACCUCCGAGGAGGUCCAGCUGGGCGGCAUCACCUUCAAGGUGUUUGACCUUGGCGGCCACAAGAUAGCUCGCCGAAUCUGGAAGGACUACUUCGCUCAAGUCGACGCUGUCGUGUUCCUGGUCGAUUCCAGCGACCGCACCGGUAACCGCCUUUCGGUUGCAAAGGAUGAGCUGCAGGGGCUGCUGGGGGAUCCGUCGCUGGCGGGCGUCCCCUUCCUGGUGCUUGGAAACAAGAUUGACCUGCCCAACGCGGUUUCGGAGGAUGAGUUGCGGACCUGGUUGGGUCUGUCGUACUUGACGACUGGAAAGGGCGGCAAGGCCAAGGGAAGUUACGUCGGUAGUGCUAGCAGCAGAGGCAGCAAUGAUAAGGAUGAGUCAGCAGGGGGGUCUCGGCCCUGCGAGGUGUUCAUGUGCUCGGUGGUCAGGCGGAUGGGGUACGGCGAGGGUUUCCGGUGGUUGAGCCAGUACAUCGAGUGAGGUGCGGUAAAGCGCAGGGAGUACCGAGAAUGAGAUGUAGGGUGGGCCGGUACGGCGCUGUGGCUGGAUCGCAACCUCCCCACAUGGUCUUUUCCCCUCCGAAACUGUGUUUGCUGUAUGGUAGUACGAGCGUUGUCAUUUCCUUGGGUCUAUAGGUGUGGUCCUACCAAAGAACGUUGGGUCAUUGUAGAAGGCUGCUGAGAUGCAAGAAGACAGGAAUUUUGCAUGGGUGUAGCGUGUAGGAUGCAAAGGAGGCUUGUCAUGAUGCAAACCCAGACUGAGGAAGAAGCCGCAUUGUGUAACCGUUAAGUCGAG